UGAUUAAUGCGGUACUGCAUCGCCUUCCAUAUUUUACAAUAAUCAUCUGUACGGAAAACCUAAAAUCUCUACAAGAGCACAGUACUGCCAUGAAGCAGCAUACAGGUAAUCCACUGGAGCCUUUCUACAAUGCGUUCCGUUCCGUCUGUUCUGUUCUGUGCGUUCUGUUUCGUGGCUCCGUGGAACGCGCAUUGCAGUUGCCAAUCUACGCGUUUAUAUAAGUUUGGUUAUUCACAUGUAACCGUAACAGUUUCUCUACUACAACUCUGUCAUUGGUCUAUGCGUAUCACUUGUGCUCCGAAAAAUGCAUUACAAUCAAAGUUAUAAACAAAUAAAACAAUUAGCUUUGAUAUGUCAAAGUCAAAUUUUGAUUGAAUUGUUGAAAAAAAUAGAGAAGAGACGAGUUAGAAGAUGAUGGACAAAACCACAUAUUUAUCCUCAAUUAAGGGAUCAAUAUGGUGCAUUUGACCAAAUUUUUAAAUAUUUUGCUUUAAAAGAUCAUGAAGAAUUUUAUAAUUUAAUGCACAUGAGUGUAAACAAUUUUAUUCAACUGUAUGAUCUUGUGAGCCAUCGUUUUUUAAAACGUAGUAUUAGAAGGGCAUUAAGUCCAGGGUUACGACUUGCCUUUGUGGUUCAUUAUCUUGCACAUGGUGGGAGUAUCAUGAAUGGCGUAUGGUUGUAUAGAAUUGGCAAAUCAACAGCUUAUGUUUUGCUCAAAGAAGUCUGUGCGGUACUGAGUGAAGUUUUAGUAGAGAGGUAUAUAAAGUUUCCAAGCAAACAACAGUGGCUACAGAUUGCUGAUGGAUUUGAAAAGAGAUGGAAUUUCCCCAAUUGCAUUGGAGCUCUUGAUGGUAUGCACGUUCCAAUUCAAAAGCCACCACAUGCUUGAGGAAAUUUCAAAAAUUAUAAAAAGUUCAAUAGCCUUGUGCUUAUGGCUAUUUGUGACUAUAAAAGAAGAUUUACGUGGUUUAAUUUUGGGGAUUUCGGAUGCAACAGUGAUUCGAGUGUAUUCAAGCAGACAGAUUUGUCAAGAUUAUUAGAAAAUAAUCGAAUCAAUAUUCCCAAACCAAGAAAAAUCACUAACACAAAUAUACAAACAUCAUUUGUGUAUGUAAACGAUGAAAUUUUUGGUCUUUCGGAGCACAUCAUGAAACCAUUUAGUCGCAGAAGAGAUUUGGGCAAGGAAGAGAAAAUUUUUAAUUACAGACUCUCAAGAGCUAGGCUUAAUAUAGAAUGUGCAUUCGGAAUAUUAAGCGAAAAAUGGCUAAUUUUACAGCAGCCUUUAGCUUUUCUUUUAGAGAAUACUGAAUUAGUAGUGACUUCAUCUCUUGGACUACAUAAUUUUCUUCUUUAUGAAAAUGAUGAAGAAGAUAUAGAAUAUAUACAAGAAAAUUAUGUCACGGAGCCGGAAAGACAAAGCAUUAAGUCUGGUGCUAUCAUAAGAGAACGUUUUAAAAUAUAUUUUUCUACUACACAUUUUCUUCUCUAAUUAGUACGCUCUUACUUAUAUUAUUACAGAAAUGAUACGAAAACUGUACAUAGUAUUAUGUUGCUUCAUUUGUGUAACGUUUAAUGAUUUUCAAAACUCCAUUGAUGCAUUUCACCAAUUCUUCUUUUUUUACCGACAGUAGGGCUUCUUCAAUACUUACCAAAUAGCAAUCAUCAUUUUCAUCACUUAAAGCUUCUGCGGCCUUUAUUGUUUUAUUUAAAACAUUUGAAACAGCAUCAUGAAGCUUCUCUUUUCAGCAAUUUUUUUAUUGCAUUUUGAAUCGUAUUUUGGUACUGUCGGUGUUGUACAUGUGUUUUGAACAGUAAUACUUGUAGAUGGAGUACUUGAAAUAAUACUCUUCAUAGUUUUAUCUUGUUGGAAUUGAUUUUUACAUUUUUAAACUACUCUUUCUACAUCCUGGCAAUUAAGAUCUUCAUCAGAGUUAUUAAUGUCUUCUUUCAAUAUCUUUUCUUCGUCGUUGUUUUUGCUAUCUUCUGACGUUGGCAAGUGUAAAAUAUAUGGCUCUAA